AUGACAUUUCCAAAAGAGCUUCAGGAGACUUUCACAUCUGCAGAGAUAGUAUAUCUUGCGGAAAAUGAACUUAUAGAGGUAAUCUCAAAUGUUUCCAUGAAUGACAAACUUUCAUUGAUCAGUACAGAACUUCCAAAGUUCCGAGUGAUGAGCACUUAUAAAAUCCCAAUAUGGUUGGCAAUAAUCCUUCGAAAACAGAAUAAAAUCACGGUACCGCCUCCUGAGUGGCUAAACGAAAAUUACUUGGCCAAUAAAUAUCAAGAAGAAGUGACGAACCAGACUGCGUUUACACAAUUGCCUAACAAUUGGCUCGAGGUUUCCAAAAUCUUUCUUAAACACUUUGUACAGGAUUUAAUCGAUAAUGAAGACGUGUUAUUGAAGCUUAUACAGGACCUCAAAGAAAUCAGAUUGGUGAAACUACGGAAGGGGUUGAAUAAUUUGAACGAAAUCAAUUUGGGGUUCAAUGAUUUGAGUUUGAUGGAGAUCAACGAGUUUAGACCAUUUAUUAGCCGAGUGAUGGGUAAUUUAGCCAAAUUUCAGAAAUCCUUGGAAAAUGAAGAAGGUGUGGAAAAUUAUGAUGAUGCUGAAGACCCUGGUGAUGACAACGCUUAUGAUGAUGAUGAUGAUGAUGACGAUUUGGAUAAUAGGAAUACAAGUACAGGGGGAAGAAAAGACUCUACCAUGGCAGAAGCCAAUGAUGAUAUUGAUGAUGAGGACAUGGAAAUGGAAGAUAUAGUGAAUGAGUUUGAACUUUGA